AUGGACGCCGAAGGCUACGAUUUUCUCCGGCAACUGCACGGGCUUCCCCGCAGGCACACGCCUAACUUACGCGCUUCUCCUCUUACCGAAGCCGCCGCCCGCCGUAGGCUGAGUUUGUUCGCCACUCUCGCCGGAAACGACUUCGCCGAUUUCAAGAACAUCGGCCCUGUCAGGGCGGCCAAAGUGGCCUUCGAAUUGAUCGAACCAGAUCCUCGGGGAACAGCCGCCGUUGUGCCUUUUGAGGCGCUUGUGGGCAACUUGGCAAGGAUCGUCGUGCAGGACUCCAAGGAGGAGGAAACACCAGCGGCCCUAGAGGAGGCGGAGGAAAAGCUCAGGAGGUCUCAUAACAUGUUCCACAAUGCGGUGGUGUGGGGCCCGUUGAAGAACACCCUCCGACAUUUCUCCUGUGCUGCGUCUUCGCUGGCCAUCACCAAAGACACAGGUACCCUGGAGUUUUCCUAUGUCGCCUCUGGCAUAGCAUCGGGGGAAGUUUCUCCUACCACGGGCCAGGUGUGGGCCCCGCCAUUACUGGAGGCCCGGAUGGCACAAGAGUUUCGCCGUGCUACACGACGGCCCGGGAGCCAGCCGCCGCCGCCGCCGCCGCCGCCGCCGGGACCGACGCCGACCCCGGACCAGAGUACGGGCCGGAACAAGCGCUCUCGCAAGGCGGUGACUCACGACACCAACAACUACCAUAAACACGGGUUUAGUCGUCUCCCCGGUGCCGAAGAAGACUUCAACAAGUGGACAGUCGCACAGCUACGCGAAUUCCUCAGCGUGCAGGUAGUGGCGAUGAUCAAGAAGUGCGGGUUGCUCAACAGCAACCAAGCGUUCCGCCAUCCUGUCCCGGAUCUCAGCUCUUUCCAAGACAAGGAGCGCAUGGCCAUGCCCGAACUACCCGGCCCCCGUUCGCGGAUAAGCGGCUUUGAACAUCUACAGCAGCACCUCCCCGAAAUGUCCAAGUCGGUGAUUCUGCAGUUCCUCCGAUAAGUCAACCCCAUCUCUGGCGAGGGUUCGCGGGUUUGGUACAGGGGGAUGCAGAAGGUUAUGGAUAUGGGGAACCUGAACAGGUUGUGGGGCGUCCCGGCCAAGAACGGGUUGAUGUAUCUGGGAAUGAGGCCUGUAAGCGCUUCUCCCACACCGAACGCAGUCUUACCACUACCAACUACAUUCGACACGCAUUUCGCGCCAUAGUUUUCAAGAUCACACCACAACCGCCCCCCCCCACCCCCUCCUGCAUCCCUCAUGCUCUGGUAGCUUCGUUGGUGCUCUUUUGGCGCAUCCCACUAGUUCACUUCUACGGUAAGAAGCCCACAUUGUUAUGCCAUGCUCCUGACAAAUGUAUACCCACCAGUCCUCUUUAACGGUAAGAAACCCACUUUUUUUUUUUUCAUGCUUGUGACGUAAAUACGACCUUGCCUCGUCGAUUGUACCUCACGCCAUCUUCCCUACGUCCACGCUCGCUUCUGGUCAGCGCCGGUGCCUCCUUCUCGGAUACGAAAACGUACGAGGUCCGCAUACAACUGCGGGUGGAGGCGUUGGACGAGAGCGCUCAUCCCUCAGCAGCGGAGGAGGAGGAGCACGGGGUAGAAUCUGGGCAAUGGCCGAGACAGACCCUCGUCGCCCUUGGUGUGGUCGCCGCUCUGUGCGAGUGUCCUGCCGGCAUAAGCGGGGGAUGCUCCCACACUGCAAUGGUCCUCUUCUUGACUCGUCUGCUGCAGAUGACCGAGGACGAACUAGCCACGUUCAACCCAUCUACAUGUACCGGUCGAGCUUGCAGUUGAAUCAUG